UUUCAGUUCGCUUUUAGUGGUCGACGAGUGCAAUACCUACGACUUGUGGAAGCCAACGAAUCGAAGAGUCAGCAGUCAGUCGUUUGGCAGUCAGUGAGCAGCAUUGUCGUCGUUCGGUAGUGUUUAGUGGUCAGUUGUGAGCAGCGCGCGAAUUUGGAAAAUUUAAAAAAAUUAAAUUUUGAAAACUCGUUUUUUUCAAAAAUAAAACUUCAAAAAAAAAUAUUUCUUUUUUUAAAUAGUUUGUGUGAAAAUAUUUUUGGGUUGCAGCAGAUUAAAAAAACCGAAUUUUCUUUUAAGUAAUUGCUGCAAUUUUUGAUUUUCACACACAAAAGUGUUUGUAAAUUGUGUGUGGGCGUGUUUUUGUUUGCGUGAAAUAUACAAAGACAUAAAAUUAUAAAUACAAUUUCGUUGCAUUUAUUUGAAGCGUAGUGAGCUUGCCAAUUAUUAAGCAACAAGUGCCUUUACAUACUAAAAAUACUAAAAAGAUUAAUAAAAAAAAAAAAAUCCAGAACAAUUAAAAGCCUCUUUUAAAAGCAGAAAUUAUGUCCACCUCAGCUUAUCUCCUGGCGCUACUUUUAGCACUGGCAUUGGGCAGCACAGCGGUCAAUGCUUUAUUAAAAUGUUGGCGCUGUUCAACCGAUGUUUCCAAUGGCGGCUUCUGCGAUGAUCCCUUCGAUCCCGAAUUCAUUUCCGAUCAACAGCGCUACUGGAGCUACGUGAAUUGUUCGUAUUCUGCGGGUUAUAAAUCGGUCAGCGCACGGCCCGUCUGCAAGAAACUAGUACAAGAAGUUUAUGGAAAACGUGUAAUUUCACGCUCUUGUUUCUACGAAGACUAUGACGACUCCUCUGAUCGCUGCGGGCACGAAACCACCUCAUCCUACAUUAAGACCGUUUUCUGUCAGACGUGCAGCACCGAUGGCUGCAAUGGCGCUGCUGCUUUCUCACCUUAUGUCGCGUUAGUACUGCUACCUCUGGCCACAUUGCUAAUGAAGCUGCUAAAAUGAAGAUCAUCGAAAUGGGCGCCUAGUUGAGGCUAUCGGAGGGAAUAGUUUGAAAUUCUAAAGUAGCAUUGCUUUUAUUUGUAAACUUAAAAGAAAAACUACAAUUAUUUGUACGAGUAUGCAUAUUCUAAUUUAAAAAUUUAAGUAAACUCUAGUUGUAAUGCUAAAUUAGAGAAUUCAUUUUGCUUUAAAUGUAUAAAAUCAUGUAAGAGUUUGAUAAUUUUCCUUAUAGUUAAAUUAUUUUCGACUUCAGCUCGUAAUAUUUUAUUUACAAAUUAUUUAAGUGCUGAAUUUUUCUAACUUUUUUUCAAGCUUAAUUAUUUUUGAAACUAUAUUUAACAAAAUUCGCACAAAACUGAAAGUGAGUAAUACUAACUUCUGGCACUUUGCUGACUUUAAAGUAGAGGUUUGUUACAAUUUAGAAAUUAAAAAAACAAAGACAAAACAAUGAACAGAGUAAUACAAAACUUCAUCAUUUAAUGCUGAAUCUAUCAACUAAUAUAAAUACAAAAUAACGGUUUCCACUACAUUGCACAUUUUAUUGCAAGAGCCCAUCUAACCCAUCUAAACUCAGAUGCGGAGAAUUAAGCAUCUUUAAAAGGGCUAUUCAUAAGCUGAUGCCCGGUGCGUUUGAACCCAAUUGUGCAAGCAUUUGAAUUAUUUAAAAGUCAUAAUACAGCAAUCAAUGAGAAGACUCCCCAGUAAAUGACUAAACUAUGCGGAAUAAAUCAAUCGUUUCCAAUGAACCGAAAUAUCAAACACAAAUUUAUAUGAUACGCAUUUUGAGGCAGAACCUUGAAUUUUGUGUCGAUAAUUUUAUAUUAAAUAAUUUUAUAAUUACAAAUUUAUAAUUAAAUAUUUCUAAAGAAAAGCAAUUAUACUAAUAUCACCUUUGUCAUAAAAUUUAUAUUUAUAUUAUUAUUAUACAAGUAAAUGGAAAUAAGUAAGUGAAAUGUCCAAAUAAAGCGAGUGAA